AUGGCUGAGUUCUUACUACCUGGUACUGACAACUUCCGUAAGUUCACUUAUGAAUCCUUGGCUGCUAUCGAAAAGAGAAUUGCUGCCAAGAAAAACUCUCGAAGAAAUACUAUAGACCAGAAACCUAAGGAGAAACCACGUCCCCAACUUGACCUAAAAGCUUUCCAAAAGUUACCAGCUCUCUAUGGAAAUCCUCCUCCAGAGCUCAUUGGGGAACCACUGGAGGACCUCGACCCAUACUACAAAGAUCGUAAGGUUUUCAUAGUGCUAAACAAACAGAAAACAAUCUUCAGAUUUACUGCUACGCGUGCCUUAUGGAUCCUCAGUCCUUUCCAUCCAAUCCGAAGAACAGCAAUUAAAAUUUUAGUACAUUUUUUAUUCACUUUGUUUAUCAUGUGCACAAUUCUAACUAAUUGUGUAUUCAUGGCUCUGACUGAGUCCUCUAAGGCUUCUCCAUCUCCUUCAUGGAACAAGUAUGUUGAAUUUACUUUCACUGGCAUUUACACUUUUGAAUCUUUGAUAAAAAUACUGGCAAGAGGUUUCUGUCUAAAUGAAUUCACUUUCCUUCGAGAUCCCUGGAACUGGUUGGAUUUCAGUGUUAUCGUUAUGGCGUAUGUGGGAGCAUUUAGUAACCUGGGAAGCGUGUCAGUCCUUCGGACUUUCAGGGUUCUGAGAGCGUUAAAAACCAUUUCAGUAGUUCCAGGACUCAAGAUCAUUGUAGGGGCACUUAUCCAGUCUGUUAAGAAACUUGCUGAUGUGAUGAUCCUGACCGUUUUCUGCUUGAGUGUCUUUGCCCUCAUAGGCCUCCAGCUUUUUAAGGGCAAUCUAAGACAAAAGUGUAUCAGGAACUCUACAGAGUUCAGUGAAAUACUUUCUUUACUUAACAAAACAUCAGAAGCCUAUGAAAUGUUUGCUGAUGAUGCAGCAUACUUUGCUAAGAAAAAGGGCACCUCAGAUAUUUUGCUAUGUGGCCCUGGUGCUGGGAUCUGUCCUCCAGACUAUAGAUGCUUGCCAAUUGGGCCAAAUCCUGAUUACGGUUUCACCAGUUUUGAUACCUUUGGCUGGGCUUUUCUUUCCUUAUUCCGCCUGAUGACCCAGGACUACUGGGAGCGUCUGUACCAGCAGACCCUCAGAGCUUCUGGGAAGGUGUACAUACUCUUCUUCAUGCUGGUCAUCUUUCUGGGCUCAUUUUAUCUAGUCAACUUGAUUCUGGCUGUAGUAACAAUGGCAUAUGAAGACCAGAACAAAGCCACCAUUGCUGAAACGGAGGCAAAGGAAAGGAAAUUUCGGGAAGCCCUGGAAUUAUUACAGAAGGAGCAGGAGUCAUUGGCUAUGAAAGGAAUUGAUAUCCUCUCAGUUGGCUCCUUUGAAGCCUCUUCUCUGUCUACCAAAGAAAUCAAAGAAAGAAGCAACAGGAAAAAGAGAAAUAAGUCCUUGGGGAUAGAAGAUAACGAAGAACAACAAUUCCCCAAGUCACAGUCCACAGAAAAUCAACGAAAGUUGCCAGCUGUAAAUGAUGAGAGCAGCAUGAUGCAUUUGCCUCCUCAUCUGUCAGUGGAGUACUUUAACGAGGCACUUCACAGACAAAGGGCAGCAAGUGUAGUCAGCAUAAUUACCAGUGUCUUGGAGGAACUUGAAGAAUCUCAGCGGAGAUGCCCACCAUGCCUGAAUGAUUUUGCUUUAAAGUAUCUAAUCUGGGACUGUUGUCCGCUUUGGUUGAGAAUCAAGAAAAAAGUGGCUGCUUUCAUAAAGGAUCCUUUUAUUGAUCUCACCAUCACUGUUUGCAUUGUGAUGAACACUUUGUUCAUGGCACUGGAGCACGAUAAUAUGACAGAUAAUUUUAAAUUGAUGCUUAAUGUAGGCAACUUGGUUUUUACAGGAAUCUUCACUGCAGAAAUGAUCUUAAAAAUCAUUGCUCUAGAUCCCUAUUAUUAUUUUCAGCAACACUGGAAUAUUUUUGACAGUAUAAUUGUCACAUUGAGUUUAAUUGAACUGAGUUUGCCCAAACACAAAAGCAAGAAAGAAAGGCGAAAAGGAGGAACCCUGUCAGUUUUACGAUCCUUCAGACUGCUGAGGGUCUUCAAACUGGCAAAGUCCUGGCCAACUUUAAACACUCUAAUUAAAAUAAUUGGUAACUCACUGGGCGCACUGAGUAACCUGACCCUUGUCCUGGCAAUCAUCGUUUUCAUUUUUGCUAUAGUAGGGGUGCAACUUUUUGGGAGAAGCUAUGGAGAGAACAGCCAUAAAAUAAACAAAGAUGGCAAGCCACGCUGGCACAUGAUGGACUUUUUCCACUCAUUCCUUGUCAUUUUCCGAAUUCUGUGUGGAGAAUGGAUUGAGACCAUGUGGGACUGCAUGGUGGUCGCUGAACAACCACUGUGCCUUCUCGUCUUUCUGCUGGUCAUGGUGAUAGGAAAUUUAGUAGUUCUCAACCUUUUCAUUGCACUACUGCUGAAUUCCUUCAGUACCGACUGUCUCCAGACAGCAGAGGAUGACAGAGAGAUGAACAAUCUUCGGAUUGCCUUUGCUCGGAUUCACAAAGGAUUUCACUUUGUGAAGAGUGUUACAUGGGAUACCUGUUGUAAAAAGCUCAGGCAUCUAAAGAAAGCACACAGGAAGAAAAUCAAAUUGACUGCACAGAACCCACCUGGGCUCAAGCAUGAAGAAAUAAAAAAUUGUAAAGAGAAUUACAAUAAUGAAUGGACUGCAAAAAAUGGGGACAGAUGCUCAGGUCUUGAGGAUUUUAUUACCAACCCCAAUGUAUUUGUUUGUGUCCCUAUUGCUGAGGCAGAGAAUACAAGUGAGGGUUUUGAAGAUGAUGAUAAGCUGAGCACAUUUACAGACAUAGAAUACAGCAAACAGUUUGACAGUGUCAGCCCUUCUGAAGGCAGCACAGUGGAUCUGACAAAUCCCGAAGAUCUCUUGAGGCAACUUCCAGAGUUUGCUGAAGACUUCAAGACUCCAGAAAAAUGUUUUCCAGAAGGUUGUGUUCGAUACUUUCAUUGUUAUGUGGGUAGUCCCUUAAAGUUUGGAGGAGAAACGUGGUGGAAUCUGAGAAAAACCUGCUACCAGAUUGUUGAACACACCUGGUUUGAAUCCUUUAUCAUAUUCAUGAUUCUUCUGAGCAGUGGAGCCCUGGCAUUUGAAGACAUCCAUAUAAAUGAGAGACAAAACAUUAAACUUAUGUUGAUGUUUCUUGAUAAAAUGUUCACUUUCAUCUUUGUUCUGGAGAUGCUUCUGAAAUGGGUGGCUUACGGCUUCAAGAAAUAUUUCACCAGUGCCUGGUGCUGGCUGGACUUCCUUAUUGUAGCUGUCUCUUUAAUAAACCUCUUAGGCAGCUCAUUUGGCCCCAUGAAAUCUCUUAGGACUCUCCGAGCUCUGAGACCCUUAAGAGCACUGUCACGAUUUGAGGGGAUGAGGGUGGUUGUCAAUGCCCUCUUGGGAGCCAUCCCUUCCAUCAUGAAUGUUCUGCUCGUCUGCCUCAUCUUCUGGCUCAUCUUUAGCAUCAUGGGAGUGAACCUCUUUGCUGGGAAGUUUGGGAAAUGUGUUAAUCUGACAGAAGAAGAUUCAGAAUUAAAUAGUUCGAUCAAUGACAUAAAAGACUGUAGAAUGUAUAAUAACACAGGAAAAAUAUUCUGGGUCAAUGUUAAAGUCAACUUUGACAAUGUUGGCUCUGGCUACCUUGCUCUUCUUCAGGUGGCAACGUUUAAAGGUUGGAUGGACAUCAUGUAUGCAGCAGUAGAUUCACGAGAGAAAAAUGAGCAGCCGCAAAUGGAGCACAGUCUAUUUAUGUAUCUCUACUUUGUGAACUUCAUCAUCUUUGGAUCUUUCUUUACCCUGAAUCUCUUUGUUGGUGUUAUUAUUGACAACUUCAACCAACAAAAGAAAAAGAUAAGUGGGGAAGAUAUAUUUAUGACAGAAGAACAGAAAAAAUAUUACAAUGCAAUGAAGAAGUUGGGAUCCAAGAAACCUCAAAAACCCAUUCCAAGACCACUGAACAGAUACCAGCAGUUCCUUUUUGACACUGUAACAUGCCAGGCCUUUGAUGUUGUAAUCAUGAUUCUCAUCUGCCUUAACAUGAUCACCAUGAUGGUGGAAACCUAUGAGCAAAGUCAAACGAAGACUAACAUCCUUGACAAAAUCAAUAAGCUCUUCGUUGCCAUCUUUACUGCAGAAUGUGUAGUCAAAUUGGUGGCUCUGAGGCAGUACUAUUUCUCAAAUGCCUGGAACAUAUUUGAUUUAGUUGUUGUGAUCAUGUCACUUACUGCCUUACUGCUUUCUGGCAUUGGUAAAGCAUUUGAACAUUUCUUACCACCUACACUCUUCAGGGUCAUUCGCUUGGCUCGUAUUGGACGAAUACUGAGACUCAUCCGGGCUGCCAAAGGAAUUCGAACUCUGCUUUUUGCGUUAAUGAUGUCCCUUCCCGCUCUGUUUAACAUUGGCCUCUUGCUUUUUCUGGUCAUGUUCAUUUAUGCUAUUUUUGGCAUGGCUAACUUUGCCUAUGUGAAGAUGGACGAUGGCAUUGAUGACAUGUUCAACUUCCAAACCUUUGCUAACAGCAUGCUCUGUCUCUUCCAAAUCACAACGUCAGCUGGCUGGGAUGGUCUUCUCAGUCCUAUUUUAAACACUGGGCCACCAUACUGUGAUCCAAACAUAAGUGGUACUAUAGGCGAAUGUGGUAAACCUGCCAUAGGUAUUAUUUAUUUUGUAAGUUACAUCAUUGUAUCAUUUCUCAUUGUUGUAAACAUGUAUAUUGCUGUUAUUCUGGAGAACUUCAAUGCUGCUACAGAGGAAAGUGCAGAGCCUUUAGGGGAAGAUGACUUUGACAUCUUUUAUGAAAUCUGGGAGAAGUUUGAUCCUGAGGCAACUCAGUUUAUAACUUUCUCUGCACUUUCAGACUUUGCAGAUUCUCUAGCUGAACCUUUACGCAUACCAAAACCAAACAAAGUUCAACUCAUAGCAAUGGACCUGCCUAUGGUCAGUGGAGAUAGAAUCCACUGCUUGGAUAUCUUGUUUGCUUUUACCAAAAGAGUCUUAGGAGAUUCUGGGGAGCUGGAUACUCUUAAAGUACAAAUGGAGGAGAAGUUCAUGGCUGCCAAUCCAUCCAAAAAAUCCUACGAGCCAAUCUCCACUACUCUCAGACACAGACAAGAGGAAGCUUCUGCCACUGUCAUCCAGCGUGCCUACAGGAGUCAUUUGCUCCUGCGCUCCAUAAAGCAGGCUUCUUACCUGUACCAUCACAGAACUUGCAGUAGUGACACUCUUGGAGGUGUUGCUCCAGAAAAAGAAGGACUUAUUGCAUCUAUGAUGGGAGAAAACUAUGGUAGGAGUCCUGACAAGUCUGAAACUUCAUCCUCAGCAUCCUUUCCUCCAUCAUACAACAGUGUCACGAGAGCCAGUAGCAGCAAUCUCAUGGUUGAGAAUGGAGAAAUUACAG